CUUCUAAUAAAUAAUUUUAUGGAAAACUAAUAGAAAUGUAUAGAAAAUGUCGAUUUCCAGCUUUGUAUUUGACAAAUAUGACACUGUUUCAAUGCAAGCUCGGUGCCGUUUUUCUCCCAAUCUCCGGUUCGAAAUGCGCGUGCGCUCUGCAUCCAUCUGUGUACGGUGUACCACACAUCUAGGAAUUUGUAAGCUUAAAUAAAGAUGCUCAACGUCUCGGCUCGGUGGUGCCUUCGUAUCGGCGAAACUGAUUUAUCCUGAAAGGAAAACAAGAGCAGAACUCAAUAUAGGAUUUUAACAACAUUCCACAACCCAUUAAAGUCUUAGUGUAUCAUAAAUCAAUUCCAGCUAUGGAAUUGAAGAAAUCAUUUUCUGAUACCGAGCGCUCAUUGAAGAGCUACGGCUCUGUAUCGGAAACGGAAUGGACAAAAGACAAAGGUCAGUCAGAUGUGUCCAUGGCGGAGAGCAUCAUGUCUCCAGAUGAGAUUGAAGUGGAGAUGGCUCGCAUCCAGCGCCUCAGGGAGGUGCUGGUAAGGAGGGAGUCCGAACUGCGCUUUAUGGCGGAUGACAUCCAGCUCUGCAAAGACAUCAUGAGUCUGAAACAGGAGCUGAGGAAGGUGGUAACUGUACCAGAGAAAGAGAAGACCAAGAAACAGAGACAGUGGGAGGAGGAGUUGAUCCUGAAAAUCCAUAAACUGGUGCAGAAGAGGGAUUUCCUAGUGGACGAUGCAGAGGUGGAGAGAUUAAGGGAGCAGGAGGAGGACAAGGAGAUGGCUGAGUUCCUGAGACAGAAGCUGAUGCCUCUGGAGAAGCUGGCCAGAGAAGCUGCCCAAAAUCCCCAGAAGCCCAAGAGACAAGUCCCUGAUCCUCCGCCCAGCAAGCCAUCCAUCACCAAGUCCAUCACCAUCAUCAAGGACUGCUGCGGAGCCACCCAGUGUUGUAUCAUGUAACCGUGGUUAAAGAGGAGUUGAGGACAGUACACCCUCCCAUUCACAGCACCACCCUAGUAACAACAACACAGUCACACUGUACAUCUGUCACCUGACCUGGUCUCUUGGUGUCAUAUCACCUAUCGUUACAUCAAUUCCUGUGAUCCAGAGAACCCUGGUGCAAAAUGGACGCCCAUAUAGAGGUGAUAGAUGGACAGGCCUGGCCACAUGUAAAUAAUGGAAUAACAGAAAUGUAAAUGAAAUAUGUGGCACUAUAUAAUGUUAAAAGGCAAUUGGAAAUUGAAUAUAUGGGACCUGUACAGUAUUGUAAGCAAUACACCAAUUUAUAUUGAUUUAGGGACUCAUUACAUCCCUCUUGAAACAUUCUUCAGAGAUCAAUAAUGACAUAUAUUCCUCAGAUUUAUAAGCACAACGUCCCAUACCCAACCACAAACGCAUCAUACCAAGGUUCUCUGUCCACCAGGAAAUGACAUCAUGACUUAAUUGUUAUUGACUUUGUCAUUUUGAAUAACGGGUAUUUACUGGAUGCUUCAAUUCCAACCCUUUAACGGAACAACUAGAACUCCUCUCAGACUUAGGACUGUAUGCUUACCAGGGUGGGGUCAAUUCCAUUUCAAUCCAGUCAAUUACUUACCGAAUUACCAGAUUUUAAAAUGAAUUGAUCCAACCCUGAUGCUUGCUCUGGAACUGUAGAUUAUGACACACUUCACUCACUGCAGUACAUUUUUUAUCCCUUUAUUGUAAAGGUAUACUUCCUAUAUAAACAGUAUUACUGAACACAGUUGCUAUGAUACCAUUUACAUUGGCAAGCUGCAACAAUCGCAUGAUUGAGUUAUUUUGUUUUUCUAUGAUGUAUAUUAACGUAUCAAUAACCAGCCAGUAUACACGCAUUUAUGUUGCUAAGGCAAAGUCAGCCUUACAACUGGUCAUUCUUAUCUUCACCAAAACAUACUGGUAGUUAUUACCAUGGUAUCACUACAAUAUUAUUCAUGAUUACAAUGAAUAAGUAUAGCAAAGGAAAACAAUUAGCGCCAUACUACGAGUCUUGCAAUUUCUACGGCAAAACAAGAAGAGGUGAAUGCAAUUAUUUGUACAUGCCUUUGUUAAGAUUCUGGAAAAGAGAGUGUUUGUUGGAAUCUGUUUGUAGAAGAUUAGGGAGUCCUGUUCAACAAAGUGACCCUCUACUUCAGAAUAUUGUCCUCUACCUUUGGGUAGAUCUCGGAAGUAUUUUUCUUGACUCAUCAAGUCCUUCUCCUUGCUUCCAUCGGAGGUUUUGAGAAGCAAAGAAUUGAGGAAAACACUGACACUCAUCCCUGAACUUUGUUCUGUAGUAUAUUAGUGAUGCUUUAAUGUCCAAAUUGAACAAUAUGCAUAAAAUGAGCCGAAAUUACCUGUCCAUAUACAGUACCAGUCAAAAGUUUGGACACACCUACUCAACAUUUUUUUUAUUUUUUACUAUUUUCUA